AUGUCGUCGUUUUCAAUCCCAACAAUUGGAUCGAAACUUGAAAGCCCAACUACAAACCCAAACUGGCUCGAACUUCCGAAAGAAAUAACAGCAAACAUCCUCCACAGACUUGGCGCUGUUGAAAUUCUUACCAGCGCACGAAAUGUUUGUCCUUAUUGGUGGAACAUUUGCAAAGACCCUCUCUUGUGGCGAACUAUUCGCAUGAGCGAUAUUAGCAUAUUACGUUAUAAUUCUUCUAACUUAUCCAAGAUUUUUCGCUACGCAGUGGACCAAAGCUGUGGUGGUCUUGAAGAUAUUUAUCUUAAGUAUUUUGGAAAUGAUGAGCUCUUCCAAUAUGUAGCAGAUAGGGCAAGUCAGUUAAGAUGCUUAAGGAUUGAAAAUUGCCAGAGAUCAUUGUCAAAAGAAGGAUUGAGUGAAGCUGUAAAGAAAUUUCCACUGUUAGAGGAGCUUCAUAUUUCUGACUGCCACAUCCUCCAUAGUGUUUCUUUUAAUACUAUUGGUCAAUCUUGCCCUCUUCUAAAAUCGUUGAAACUUAAAGGUUUUUUUGAUGUAAAUAAAGAAUGUGAUUAUCAGGCUUUUGGUAUUGGUGAAACAAUGCCUGGACUGUGUCAUCUUGAACUUUUGAAAAUUAAUCUUUCUAAUGUUGGAUUGAUUGCAAUUCUUGAUGGAUGUCCUCUUCUUGAGUCUCUUGAUAUAAGAGGAUGUUUGCAUCUGGAUUUAAGUGGAAGUAUAGGGCAAAGAUGUAAGAAGCAGAUCAAGGACUUACGUCUUCCUGAAGAUUAUAUAGACGAGUCGGAUGAUACUUGUGGUGAUAUUGAUCUGACCAUGGCAUUUGACUUAUUGGGCGAAUUUUCUCAUGCAGAACAACGUUGGCAAAUUAAAAGACAGUCAAAAUUUUCAAAUAUCUAUCAAUUUUUCACAAAAAGAUUUUGGUUUUUGUGA